GUCGUUCAGUUUAGUCGAAAUGUGUCCAUUGAUUGUAUUGUUGCUCCUAAUAACGGCUCAGGUCGGCAUCUCAUCUGCGCAAGCACCUACUUCCGGUGAAAACUACUCAGUUUACAAGAUUUAUAUUAGAUUGCCUGCAGAUCAACUGGUUGUUGAUAAACUCCUUGUGCAACCAGGCAAUUACAGCUUGUGGGGCCAGGAAAAAAACUAUGUCUAUAUAGGGGUGAGCAAUAGUGUAAAGAAUGCUUUUCUAAAACGAAUCCGAAAGGAUCUUAUAGAUUUCGAAUUGUUCGUAGAAGAUGGAAAGCUUUCACAACAACGUAGAAACAUACUAAUAGCCCAUGACAAAGAAAAGAGCCAAAAGAAAGCAAAAAUUUAGAAACAUUUUAAGUUAAAAAUAUUGUAUAAAUAAAAUAUUUCCAUAGAAUAACUUUUUGCCCCAUCUUAGACCAAUGGAAAAUAUGGAUUAAAUAAAGCAAUUCGAAAACCGAA